CAGAUCUAAUAGGUAGCUGAACCGAAAUACACAACUUUAUACUAUACCAGCACUACCCAUCUCUCUCUCUCUGCUUUCCUCAAUUCAGAAGCAGAAACUUCAGGAAACAGUUAGAUGCAAACCCAAUUCAUCUCCCCAAACUCCAAAAUUCCUCAGAAAUGGGUACUGCGUUUCUUGCUGGGCUUGCGAUAGCUGCUACUGCUCUUGCCGGUAGGUACGGAAUCCAGGCUUGGCAAGCAUUCAAGGCACGACCGCCAAAGCCUAGAAUUCGUAAAUUUUAUGAAGGUGGUUUCCAGCCUACCAUGACAAAGAGGGAAGCAGCUCUUAUCCUUGGCGUUAGAGAGAAUGCGACUCCGGACAAGGUCAAGGAAGCUCAUAGAAGGGUGAUGGUCGCAAACCAUCCUGAUGCCGGUGGUAGCCAUUACCUUGCUUCUAAAAUCAAUGAAGCUAAAGAUGUAAUGUUAGGGAAGACGAAGAGCGGAGGAUCUGCCUUCUGAUACCCUUGAAGAUCCCUCGAUUUUUGGAAGCACCAGCUUCGUCGAAGCACGGUUAGCUGCUAAUCAGGCCAUUUCCAAAGUUGUCGUUCCCACCUCAUUCAAAUGAUAUGGAAAUCAAGCUUGUUUGCAGAUUAAGUUGAGGUGAUGAGGAUGGCAGAUCAAUGUGUUGAACAAUUAGUACAAUUUUGAUUAUGUCUUGUAACACUAAUGUUACUCGUAUCAAGACAUAUUGGAGUGAAGGCUGUAUUAGUAAUUGCCUUGAUUAAAAUCUACAUUUUUUUUUUCUUUUUUUGAAAGUUAAUUAAAAUCUACAUUGUCAUCAAACAA